GAGUUGUUUCUGGCGCCCGGGUAAAUUGCGUAACACUUACAUCUCCGGUCGCAAUACUCGACAUCAAGUUAACGUGAAAGAAAUCGGGUUAUACAGCGUACAGAUUCCACGUGAAACAGCAAGACAGUAGCUCCGGAGUCAAAUAUUGAAACCUUUUCAGUGACCAGCUUUUCAGCCUAUUCUUCAUCACCAUGCCUCGGUGCAAGGCUGCGGUAACCCUUCAGCACCUCUGUAUCAACAGUAUCACAACCAACGUGCGCUACUGGACUCAGGAUUAUGAAGACAAGCUACUCGACAAGGGCAGGUUCCGUCAUCUGCUAGGCCCCUUUGAUGAAAUACCCAGUUCUAUGCUGAUUCAAGAUUUAGCCGAUGAAUUGAUCCGCCGGCGGAAACUCACCCGAUCUUCUCUUCAUUUGCUCAUCAAUGGUGGUCUGCUUCAGCACUUGGACUUCAGCGAUUGCCCUCGUCUCAUCACAGAUGAAAUUGUUUACAUGAUUGCUGACAAAUGCAAGAAAGUAAAGACCCUCAUCCUAUCAGGCUGUAGCCGUGUCUCUAGCCAAGCAUUCGAGAUCCUUGCCAACAACGUACCCUUUGCAGUGCGGUUGGACUUUUCAAAGACAAAGAUUGGUACUCUAGCCAUCCAGUCUCUCUUCAGAUCGUGUAGUGACCUACAAGAACUUGCUCUAAGACACUGUCAGGUAUGUGAUAAUGAUGUUGGUGUACUUUGCAACAUGGCUAUGCAGAAGGAACGGUUUGGUUUGCGAAAGCUCGACUUGUCAUCGUCAAUGGUUACAGACAUGGGCAUCAGGGCCCUGCUGCGAUCUAUCCCACAACUCCAGGAAUUUCAUUACUCCAACCUUAUCGGAUGCAUCAUUGCAGAAUCGCCCAUCACAGAGGAGUUUGAGCACCAGUAUCUCCUGCAGCUUCCACAACUUGGCCAAGAAUCUUCCCCAUUUUCGUCUUCCGCAGUAGAUACUAAGAUGGGACAGACCAGUCUUAGGAUGUUGGAAUGUACAGAUUUCUGUAAUAUCACGGACAACCACCUGAAACUCAUCUCUUUCCUCUGUCCAAAGCUGGUGUCUCUUGAUCUGCGGUUCGCACGAGGGUUCUCCAGUGCUGGUCUCACAGAUCUCUUGCGUCUUCUCCACUUGAAAGAGCUGAAACUUGCCAGUUCAGAUCUACUGUCCUUUGAAGGGGCACUUCUGGAUUUCCUCAGACAAAAUGGUAAGCAACUAACAGUAUUAUCACUAGAGGACUUUGAUGGUAUUGAUCUUUAUCUGGUUGGUCAACUCUGUCCUCAUCUGCAAAAGCUCUUGAUCUUCAUGACAUCUGACAAUGCUGAUUUUACCUCUGGAGAAUAUGGAAAUCUCUCAACUCAGACUCCCUUUGAACAUCUUGAAGAGCUUGCACUGUGGUGUAGCAAUGCAAACUCGACCAUAACACCCGACAUCCUCAACACUGUGCUUCCGCACUGCCAGUCCCUGAGGUCACUGGAGGUCAUCAGGGUGGCUGCGCUUACAGACUCUGUCCUCCAUGAAGCUAUAGAUAGCCACUGCUUCCUCAAACUGAAGUCUCUUACCCUUCAUGAAUGUAAUGCUGUCAGUCGCGCUCCAAUCUCAAGACUGAUCUUAGACGACAGAAACAUCCUGGAAACCUUGACACUAAUGGAUUGCUUCAGCACCACCCGUCGAGACUAUGAAGGUUGGCUCAAGUUGGUCAAGAGACGCAACUAUAAACUCACUAUAGCAUGGAAAUGAGUCUAGAUGCAGUCUCAUACAUCACCUAAGUAAUUAACAGUACCAUACCAUUCAUGUCAAAAACAUUGUAUCUGCUUAGAAAGUAAGGGUAUUAUAUUCCCUCACCUGGACAUACAGCGAAAAAUGAAACUCGAAUUUACAUCUAAUUCAAAUACAUGUUCAAGCCUGUUGACUCUUCUUUUUUAAUACUGCAUGGAUUUGUAUUGAUUUCUGAAAGGCAAUGAGUUUUGUAAACAUACAUGUAGAAUGUAUAAUAAACACCUGAUAAUGGGACCAGGUUGAAAGAGAAAUAUGGCGAGAUGAUUUUGGCAGUAGAGAAUUCUUUAUGUGCUUUAAUUUGAAUGGUCCUAUCAGUAAUAUCAAGUUUGGUGUUGGUGUUGAGAGCUUGGAAGAGGCUGCUGAACCAAUCUCCAACACCUAGCUGGGAUCAGAAAGCCGCAUUACAUAACGCCUCUACAGAUCAUCUCAACUUCACUCACAAAGAACAGAUGAUGAAAGUGAAACUUAGGAGAAAUUUGCAGUAAAAUCUCAUUUUACAGAAUGCAAAGACUAAAAUCACUUCAAGAAUCUGAAAGUCAGAGUAGAUGAAUACAAACCUCUAAUGAUUUGCACUCAACUGUAAAGUUAAUUUCAUCACAAUCUUUAUACUGUUUGUGAGCUAGAGAUUGCCAACACCAACACCAAACUUGAAAUAAUCCCUGGGGAUGGUUUGGUACUUGGUAGAUGGGGAAACUUCUAGAUAUCUCGGUUCAAUCGGGCGACAUUCAACACCAGCUUUAACCCUAAUCCAACGGGGGGGAGGGGGGGAUCAGUUUCGUCACUACAAAAUCGCGCAAAAUUUUUUGACAGCGCUGCUCACUGACUUUAUACUUUCAAGUUUUGGUUCCAAAAUUACGCAACAUUUCGUAAGCACAUGUCCAUGUAAGACCCAAAAUUGCUCAA